CCCUUCGUUAGUAGGAGAGCUCUCAAAACAAAUAUGGCUUCUCUGGCUGUGAGAAGCUGGUGUGCUAAACGUCUCCUUCCCAUGGUAAUUCCGAGUCGAAGUUGCUCAGAAAUAAGAAGUGAGGGUCUGAGCCCUAUAGAAUGGACGGAAGACACAAAGAAUAUUGUAAUUACUCCAGCAGAAGAGGCUGAAUUACGUAUUCUUGUCAAAGAAACUACUGAUCUGUCCUCAUUGUCGGGUGUACCAGAGGAGCAUAUCAAAACGAGGCACGUCAGGAUAUUCAGUCCAGCAAGAAAUGCCAUGCAGUCUGGAAGUUUCAACACCAAUCGCUGGAGUAUAGAGUUUGACAACAGGGAGAGAUGGGAAAACCCAUGUAUGGGCUGGGUGUCUACGGCGGAUCCUUUGUCUAAUUUGAAUGUAGAUUUUAUCAACGCUGAAGAUGCCGCUACUUUUUGUGAGAAAAAUGGCUGGUCAUACUACAUAGAGAAGAAGCAGGUAGCAACAUUUAAACCUAAAUCGUAUGGAGCCAAUUUUAGCUGGAACAAGAGAACACGGUUAACUACAAAGUAAAAUUGUGAGACUGUGUAUUCAGCUAUACUUGUGGUGUAACAAGGAGCAAAUGGUCGGUGCCAUUUACAAGAACGAUCUUCUCUCUCCUCCGAGUGUGUAAAUAAAGCUAACGGAAUAUUAACAAUGAAA